GUUUGAAAAUAUUUAAAUAAUCAUUCUUCGGAUGAAAACGGAGAAACGUUGUUGUUUUCAUCAUCUUCUUCAACGUCCGAAACAAAAAAAGCUCACUUGCAAAUUCCAGAGAAAGAGAGAAAGCUCGAGACUUUCGGCGGCGCAGAACCUCGUCGGAGAGAAUCGAAUGUGGAACCUAGCUUCGAGCUAUCUCACAGGACCGAAACACGAAACAAGAAGACCAGUCCAUGCUCAUGUGGAAUGUUCAGAUGAUGAUGAGUCAUCUGUAGGCAGCAGAGAGGAAGGUCUGGAGUGUCCCAUUUGCUGGGAAUCAUUCAACAUCGUCGAAAACGUUCCUUACGUGCUAUGGUGCGGCCACACGAUGUGCAAGAACUGCAUCUUGGGACUUCAGUGGGCUAUAGUGAAGCUACCUACGCACCCGGUUCAGCUCCCUUUCUUCAUCUCAUGCCCAUGGUGCAACAAACUCUCCUUCCGUCUUGUCUUUAAAGGAGCUCUUAGAUUCCCUCACAAGAACUACUUUGUGCUUUGGAUGGUCGAGAGGAUGAAUGGCGAGAGACGGAAUUCGCCAGGGAGAGAUCAAACAGAUGGAAACAAUGAUUGUACAAGGGUGCCUCCUCCUCCGUGUCUCCACCACCGUCAUCAUCGUACUCAGUCUGUUCCGAGGGACAACAUACAGACUUCACUGAGGAAGUCUUUGGUUUUCUUUGUGCAAUUGACGGCAAAGUUCCCACUGGUUGUCAUGUUCCUGCUGAUAAUACUCUAUGCAAUACCGACCUGUGCAGCUAUUUUGGCGAUGUACAUUCUAGUCACUCUCUUGCUGGCUCUACCGUCGUUUCUCAUCCUCUACUUUGCGUAUCCUUGUCUUGACUGGCUCGUCAGGGAGAUUGUCACAUGAGCUUUCUGGUUUUACAAGUUAGUCCUAAAGACUGGUCCAUCCUCCUUGUAGGUAUAAUGAUUUUGGAAUCAUCUGUCUUUCUUAUCUAUGUAGGAAGAUAUAAUAGUAUUGUGAUAUUUGAGGA